AUUGGUAAAGGUUUACGUAUCUGCCCGAGCCGAGGUCGAGUCCCUUCCCCAGAGCUUCCCGUUCCGGAUUAGAAAGCGCAAGGCCCGCCCAGCUCUUCCUGCAGCAAUUUGCAAACUGUGCGCUCUCGGAGGCCUCUGCAGCUUCGGUCACCUUCCCCCUCGCCUGCUUCUGGCCCGGCUCUGGGCACCGGCGGCUUGGGGUGGUGAGGUCCUCCCCGGAGACACCCACACGCGCGCCGCGGCGCCCUGAACGCUGCCGGGAAGGGCCCGGCGCUCAGGGUCCGGGCACUGGAGGCCGAUUUCGAUUCCGAGAAGAUUCGCCCCUUCUCUCCCCUCCCCUCGGCCCAGCAGCGCAGAUCUGCGCUUCUUGCGCGCCCUCCUGGCGUCCCGGGUGCUUUUGGCCGCUCGCCUCGGAAUCUUUAGCCCGGUUCGUGGGCCUUGGGAAGGAGAGAAAUGGCCACUGCAGCGCGCCGGCCGCCUGGAGCCGCGGGGUUUGGCCGACCUGAGACCAGGAGCGAGGACCUCGCGUACCUGGUGCAGGCCGUGAGAGCAGCGGGCAAGUGCGAUGCAGUCUUUAAGGGCUUUUCGGACUGUUUGCUCAAGCUGGGCGACAGCAUGGCCAACUACCCGCAGGGCCUGGAUGACAAGACCAACAUCAAGACCGUGUGCACAUACUGGGAGGAUUUCCACAGCUGCACGGUCACAGCCCUUACGGAUUGCCAGGAAGGGGCGAAAGAUAUGUGGGAUAAACUGAGAAAAGAAUCCAGAAAUCUCAACAUCCAAGGCAGCUUAUUCGAACUCUGCGGCAGCGGCAACGGGGCGGCGGGGUCCCUGCUCCCGGCGCUCCCCGUACUCCUGGUGUCUCUCUUGGCAGCUUUAGCGACCUGGCUUUCCUUCUGAGCGCGGGGCCGGCUCCCCCCGCGCGCCCACACACACUCACGCCAUGCUCCCGGAAAUCGAGAGGAAGAUCCAUUCGUUCUUUGGGGACGUUGUGAUUCUCUGUGAUGCUGACAACACUCAUAUAGGAUUGUGGGAAAUCCUGAUUCUCUUUUUGAUUUCGUUUGAUUUUUUUGUGUUUUAUUUGCCAAAUGUUACCGAUCAGUGAGCAAGCAAGCACAGCCAAACUCGGACCUCAGCUUCAGUCCGUCUUCCCACAGAAAUACGAAAACGGCAAACCCACCCCAUUUUUUUUAAUUUUUGUUUUUUGGCACAAGAAUCUCAGGAACGGCCCUGGGCCACCUACUAUAUUAAUCAUGUUAAUACAUGACAAAUUAUGGGCUCCUCCUAAUAGGAAAGAGAGGAGAGGAGAAGGCCAGGGGAAUGAAUUGAAGAGAGAAGCAUCUCGUGAAUAAUUCACGCUCACGUCUUUCUAACACAGUAUCUUGUUUUGAUCAUUUCCACUGCACAUUUCUCCUCGAGAAAAGUGAAAGGACGGAUUGCUGGCCUUGUGUUUUAAGGCUAGGAGGGAGAGAGGAAAGGGGUUGAAGAAACCUCGGGUUAGAGGUACAGGCUGCCAGAAAAAACGCUGCUGAAAUCACUGAGAGGUUAAGCUUUACCUGCUCGUGUUGAUGCAUCUUUCCAAGUCCACUGCCUUGAUUUUCCCUCUUGUUUUAGCUGUUACACAUACAGUAAUACCUGAAUAUCCAAUGGUAUAGAUCACAAGGGUGGGGGGGGGAUGUUAAAUGUUAAUCUAAAAUAUAGUUAAAAAAAGAUUUUGACAUAAAAGAGCCUUGAUUUUAAAAAAAGAGAGAGAGAUGUAAUUUAAAAUGUUUAUUAUAAAUUAAAUUCAGCAAAAAAAAAUUUGCUACAAAGUAUAGAGAAGUAUAAAAUAAAAGUUAUUGUUUG